AUGGACCUUCCUGCCGGUCCAUCAGGAGUUGAUCGCUCUCGAAGUCCCAUCAAAAAAGGUAUGAAAACACACAUACUAUCGGAUGCUGAGCUACUUGAUAUUUUGGAAAACGAUAAAUGGAUAUCGUCUGAAGAAGAAUUUGAUGUUGAAUCAGAAUAUAAUUAUAGUUCUGAUAGCGAUGAUGGAGAAAAUGAAGGUAACGAUUUACAAAAUAUUGUUAUGAGUGAUUAUGUGGGCUCUAGAGGGAAUGAAGUCGGCGAGGAUUUAUCUGAAAUGUAUAGUUCCACAAAUUUUGACUGGUCCACUGACUCACAAAAUAUAAACCAUUUUGAAUAUACAGCUACACCUGGACUUAAGUGUUUACCAAAUGGAGACCAGCCAAUUGAUUAUUUUAAUUUAUUAGUAACUGAUGAAUUAUUAGACUUUCUUGUAGAUGAAACUAAUAUUUAUGCUAUUGAAAUUUUUUUAAAUUCUGUCUCUGACAAGUCUAGGAUAAGUAAUUGGGUAAAUACAAAUAGAUCGGAAAUGAAAACAUUUUUAAGUUUGUUAUUUCAUAUGGGAACAAUUAAAAUGCCUAGAUUAGAGGAUUACUGGAAAACAAAUAAGUUAUUUAAUUUACCAUUUUUUCGUACCUAUAUGAGUAGAAAUCGAUUUACUAUAUUACUUCGAGCAUUACAUUUUUCACGCAACCCAGCUGAAGGAGAAUCUGUUCCUCGUAAUAGAUUACACAAAAUUCAACCUAUCGUAAAUUACUUCAAUUCAAGGAUGAACGAAAUAUUUGAACCUAGUAAAAAUUUGUCACUUGAUGAGUCUAUGGUUUUAUGGCGUGGACGGUUAGUAUUUCGACAGUACAUAAAAAAUAAAAGACAUAAGUUUGGAGUAAAAAUGUAUAUGCUUACAGAAUCGUGGGGACUUAUACAUAAAAUAAUGAUUUAUUCCGGACAAGGGAAUGAUAUAUCUGAGAGUAUGACUCAUACAGAAUUUGUUGUCGAUAAUCUUAUGAGUGGGUUAUAUCACAAAGGUCGUUCAUUAUAUAUGGACAAUUUUUAUAACAGCGUUAAACUUUCUCGAAAAUUAUUACAACAAAAAACUUAUGUUACGGGAACUUUACGCUCAAACCGUAAGCAUAAUCCACGUGAAGUUAUUGCUCAAAAACUAAAAAAGGGAGAGUCAAUUUGCAGAUAUACAGAGGAUAACAUUUGCGUUAUGAAAUGGAAAGACAAAAGAGAUGUGUUGACAAUAAGUUCUGAAUUUCCUCAUUCAAUGAUAGAAAUUGAAAAAAAUAGAAAUCGCCAAGAUCAGAUGACUUCAUACUAUCCGUUUGAAAGAAAGACUUAUGAAACUAAACAUUAG